AUGUCCGGUCCAGAGCCCCAGCAGCUUGCUCCCUCAGACGCUCAGAUUCAGCCCGGGCGUUUGGGCCCCUGUCCUGUGGCUGUGUCCCCAGUGCCACCCCGCCGCCUAGCUCAGGGACGCCUGGAGUCCUCCUUUUCUAUCGAGGCCAUCCUGGCGAGACCCGAGACCCCUGGGAGAACUGCCACCCCUCUGCCGCUCUCUACCUGCAUCAGUCUGAACCUGGACUCCGUGUCCCAGCACUCAGUCCUGCCCUGGGUGUGCUACGCAUCGACUUGGCUGCCCACCUACCUGAGCCUGGGCAUCUACCCGCUGUGCACCAUGCCCUGCGUGCAGGGAUUGAAUGUGGCUCACCUCUUCUGCCAGCGGGGCCUCAGCCUCACAGGCUCAGAGCUGCCUUACUGUCCAGACCUCUGGAGCCCUCUGGACUGGGCACCUACCAUGAACCUUCAGGACACAGAGAGACACCAAAAAAGGGUCCCCAGGAUGUUUAACCUGCAGCAGCUGGGAGAGUUGGAGAGAGCAUUUGCAGAGCAGCACAACCUGGUGGGGAAGAAGAGAGCCCAGCUGGCUGCCAGGCUGCACUUGACAGAGAACCAGGUGAAGAUCUGGUUCCAAAAUCGCAGGGUGAAGUAUCGGAAGCAGCAAAAACUGAAAUCACCUUCCUCCUCUGCCAUGCAAGAACCCUCCAGCAGCUCAGAUGGCAACAUCCAGGGUGAAGAUGCUGAGUCAGGAGUGGCAGUUAAGGACUGA